AUGCUUAUCAAGUCAGCUACCUCCAGUCUGAUACAGCAGGCUGCCAACAGACUUGUCACAAUUUACGAAGAGGGAGGCAAGACUAUCCGUUUUGGGCUGAGCAUGAUUGUCUACGAGCCGGAUAGAAACGUGCUGCGAAGGAAGGAAUGGGAAAGGAGAAAUCAGGAGGCCCAGCAGGAGGAUGGCGCGUUUAACACAAGUUACUCCCUCUUCAGUGAACCGUACAAGACUAACAAGGGGGAUGAGCUCUCGAAUCGCAUCCAGAAUACGCUGGGCAACUAUGAUGAAAUGAAAGACUUGUUAACUGACCGAUCAAACCAGAGCCACCUUGUUGGCGUUCCAAAACCUGGGGUUCCUCAGACGUCUCUUCCCAAGCCCGAUGAACAUCUUAUUGCAGACUCGAGACCGCCACCUCCUCCUCCCAUUUCCAGCACUACUUCUUCCACACCAGCAGCCCUACCUGCCCAGCAGAGCAAAAGCACUACGAUGGGUUGGCAGAAGGCCGGGCACAAUGCCGCUUCGGAUGGCCAGCAGAGAGCGAGCAAGCAUGGCUCUCUGAGGGCCACACUAGGAGACAACGUCAACAGAGUGCAGCAGCCAGCAAAGCUCAAUUGUAGCUCAGAAGGAGGAGCUCAAGUGCAAGAAAGGACAGCAAAGCAUGGUGGCGGGCACUGCGUCCAAAACUUCCCACCCUCUCUUGCUUCGAAGCCCAGUCUGGUUCAGCAGAAACCGACAGCUUAUGUAAGGCCAAUGGACGGUCAAGACCAGGCUCCUGAUGAGUCUCCAAAGCUGAAGUUACCAGCAGAGACAACCAAGUCGUAUAGGGGAGUGCCUUCUAACAAGCCUGAUUCGGCCAGGACCAAGUCAAAGAUAGCCAAGUUCAGCAUUCCUAAGCAAGAAGAGGACAGUGGAACAGGAGAUAACAGCUGCAUUGAAGAAAUAUUGCGGGAGAUGACUCAUUCGUGGCCUCCGCCACUGUCAGCUAUUCACACACCAGGAAAGGCAGAACAAAGCAAGUUUCCCUUCCCAAACAAGGAGUCACAACAGGGAUCUACAGGACACAGCAAUACAAGGAAAAGUGAUGUAGAGCCAAAGAGUCCAGAGAAAAGCGCAACCCAUACAUCAAUGCUAGAAGAUGACCUCAAGUUAAGCAGCGAUGAAGAAGAGAAUGAGCAGCAGGCAGCACAGAGAUCUGCUCUCCGCGUUCUAUCUGACAGCCUGGUGGUACCGCAGUCCAACGCCCGAGCCUCGGGACUCUCCAGCAAGGGGUCGAGCAGCAGCAGCUCCAGUGAAUCCGAGACCAGCUCAGAGUCUGACUCAGAGAGCGAAAGCAGCUCCAGCGAGAGCGACGGCAGCAAGCCCUCGCAUUAUUCCAGCCCAGAGCCCGAGCCACCCUCAUCCAACAAGUGGCAGCUGGACAAGUGGCUAAAUAAAGUCACCCCGCACAAAGCACCCAUCCUGACCCACCAUGAUGGCCCAGCGCUGGAGGCGCAUCCCUACUACGGCCGCGUGAAGGCAGAGCGGCAGGAAAGCGAGAAGACCCCGGCUGCCGGCCCGGCUGAGCACCGCAGUGGGGAGGGCCGUGCCGCCACCACCACCACCGUCGCGGACGGACCGCGGCCCAGGACCGCCAACAAAGCACCGGGCAGCAAGGGCAGCCGGCAAAAGUCACCCCCCGCCGCCGACGGCGGGCCUCCGAGGCGGGCGGCAGGGAAGAAGGCGCCGCGGCGGGCCGAGAGGACCUCUGCCGGGGAGGGCCCCCACGCGGAGCGGGAGGAGCGUCCGCUGCCCAAGGCGCCGCCGGCGGCCGGGGCUGAGCCGCGUGCCAAGGACGCGGGGACCGGCGCCGCCAGCAAACCCCACGGCGGCUGCAGUGCCUUUGGCUCCAUUAAUGCCAGGACUAGUAGUGAAAUAGCAAAGGAGCUGGAGGAACAGUUUUACACCCUGGUUCCUUUCGGUAGGAAUGAGCUCCUGUCUCCUCUGAAAGACAGUGAUGAGGUAAAGUCGCUGUGGGUCAACAUUGACUUGGCUCUUUUGUCCAGGAUUCCAGAGCGUUUGCCCGAAGAGCCACUGGCCAUGAGCGCCGGAGCAAACCAGCCGGCCAGCCUCCCGCAGGGUAGUAGUGCUGACCCCCCCGCAGAGAAGGGUUUACCGAAAUCUAGAAGAAAGCGCAAGUGUGAGAAUGAGGAAGAGUGCAGAGACAUCAAGAAGACUCACUUAGAGAGAGAGAGUUCUUCACGAUUAGCUGCCUCUGCCCACAGCAUCACAACAGCAAAUCACUGCAAUAUGAAUGAAAAUAGCUUGGCAAUACCAAUAAAUAAAAAUGAGAAAAUGCUUCGGUCACCCGUCUCUCCCCUCUCUGAUGCAUCAAAACACAAAUACUCCAACGAUGAUUUAACUUCCUCCAGCAGACCUAAUGGCAGCAGUCUAUUACCUUCCAUCUCCUCCAGCAAAAAACAUAAGGGUGAAAUCCAGUCGCAGCCACAUCCCGGAGACUUCAAUAAAGCAAUUCACAUCAAUUCAGAAAAUGUUCUUCUCUGCAAUAAGCCACAGUCCCAAACAGAGCCUUGGUCACCUCUGUCCAGCACACCCAGGGACUGCAGAAGGACAAAGCUUAUCUUUGAUGAUAUGCCACGCAAUGCAGAUUACUUUAUGCAGGAAGCUAAACGGAAGAAGCAUAAAGCAGAUGCAAUGGUGGAAAAGUUUGGAAAGGCACUGAAUUAUGCAGAAGCAGCACUAUCGUUCAUUGAGUGUGGAAAUGCAAUGGAACAAGGCCCAAUGGAAUCUAAAUCCCCUUAUACAAUGUAUUCAGAAACAGUUGAACUCAUCAGGUACGCAGUGAGACUAAAAACCCACUCAGGCCCCAAUGCCACGCCAGAAGACAAACAGCUGGCAGCAUUAUGUUACCGCUGCCUGGCCCUUCUGUACUGGAGGAUGUUCCGACUCAAGAGAGACCAUGCAGUCAAGUAUUCGAAAGCGCUUAUUGAGUAUUUCAAGAAUUCAUCAAAAGCUGCCCAGAACCCAUCUCCUUGGGGUGCCAGUGGAAAGAGCACAGGCACUCCAUCACCGAUGUCCCCUAGCCCUUCUCCAGUCAGCUCUGUAGGAUCCCAGGGGAGCACAGGGGCCCCUUCCCCAUCUCCUAUCAUCAGCAUCCCACAGCGCAUUCAUCAGAUGGCCGCCAACCACGUCAGCAUCACCAACAGCAUCCUGCAUAGCUAUGACUACUGGGAGAUGGCUGACAACCUGGCCAAGGAAAACAGAGAUUUUUUUAACGACUUGGACGCAUUGAUGGGACCUAUCACCUUGCACAGCAGUAUGGAGCAUUUAGUUCAAUACACUCAACAAGGACUUCACUGGGUGCGGAAUAGCGCUCACUUGUCAUAAUGACUGUGUGCCAUUCACAUGGACAGUAUACCUUCCAUGGAUAAUUCAGUUAUUCUGGACACUGUGCUACAGAAAUAGUCAACCACAGCAUUGAUCCAAACAAAGGUGAAUAUUUCUUCAACAUUGAGCAAAAUUUUUCUGAGUGUAGACAUGUGCAUAUGUACAAUAUACAAUGAUGUCUCUUCAGAAUGAAUUGUUCUGUACCACUCUCCAAACAUCUUCACACACUAGAAAUACUAGAAAGAACUGAUCUUAAUGCACAAAACAUACCCUUUCUAUUCUUGUGCUGAAAAACUCAGAAGCCAAAAUCUCAUGGGCUGAUUGAACCAAGUGCAAUAAGCACAGAUCCCUAUUCAGGAAAGCUCUCAAUAGAUUCUUAACUUUAAGCUUGUACUGAAAUCCCAUUGACUUCAGCAGAGCUUAAGCACAUACACAAGGGCUUUCCUGGACUGGAAUGGAUGAGGGCAAAUCAUAGACAUGGAGAGCUUUUACUGCGAGCAUGGACAUGCCACAGAAGUUUCAAAAUUAAUGUGCCAUCCACCUGUUACUUCCCCACUGGGGCACACAGAGGAGUUGUGUAGUCCACAUCAAGUUGG